AUGAAGUUUACAUUUAGGCAUUUCAAAGGUGAGAUGCGUGAUGCGAUUGGAAUUGAAGUUACGAUAAAGAUGCACAGAGCCCCGGACAAAGGCGAAGAGAACAAAACCCACCGCGACCGCAAAGAAGCCUACUCCGCCUCCCUAGAAAGCGAAGUAACCGAGCUCCGCGCCCUCAAAGCCCGGCUAUCCCAAGACGUCGCCCUCCUCACCGGCCUCCUCGCAGAAAACAGGAUCCCAAUCCCCCGAGGCGUACUCAGCGCUGAAAGCGAAAGAGGCGUCGAGACGGGCAAGACGGUGACGCUGGUUGUUGCAACACAAGAGGAGAACAAGAAGAAGAACCGACGACGACAAAUCUGCGUACAUGGCAUGCCGGGGGAUCUGUCAUCGAUUCCAUUACAGCUUGUUACGCCUCCAGGGUCAGGCCCGUCGUCGCCCCAGCACGCACGUUAUAUGGGGAAUAUCGAUCCGGAAGUCGUGGGCAUGGAUUUCGUCUUGACUCUCGAAUCCCCAUGUCUCCAACACAUCGACGUGGCACCAUCUGAAGAUCCUAAUAUUACAUCUUGCGCCUCUACAGGCCACUCCCUUACUCUCUCAGCAUGCGUCUUCCACAAUCACCCUUCACAGCCCGGCCAGCGGCAGAACUCGUCUACGCCGUGGGAGAUUCCGCAAGCGAGUAUAGCCACGCUUCUUGCGCUUUCGGCAUCGAUCCCGCUGGCUGAAAGCGAGGUUACGCCGGUACAGGCGUGGGAUUAUGUGAGGAGACAGGAGCAGUUUGCGGGGUUGGAGGUGGCGAGGUGGGAAACGUUGAAGGAGAAGUUGUUGGGGGUUGUGAGAUGUUAUGGAUUUGGAGGUGUGAUUCCCCGGGAUGUCUUUGAGAAUGCUGUAUUUGAGGCUUUUGUUGUAGGAAGGGUGUUCUAG